GACUACAUCGCCCUAACAGAGACCUUUGCCGAGGGCCUCUACACAGAGCUGGACUUCCGGAACGAGGCCUUGAACGCGCUGCGCAUGGAAGAGCUGCUUAAGGAGAGCUUAGAGCCCGAGGCUCUGGACAGGAUCGUGAUCCCCGGACCGCUUAUGUCCCUGACGAAGCGCCGCGUGAUGCUCUCGAAGUGGGUGAACGGCGUGAAGUUGAGCACCCUGCCGCAGCAGGAGAUCAGGGAGUUGAUCUCCGUGGGGCAGGAAGUCUUCCUGACGCAGCUUCUGGACAUCGGCUUCUUCCAUGGCGACCCCCAUCCUGGCAACCUGCUGAAGAUCACGGAAGGCCCAGAUGCAGGGAAGCUUUGCCUCCUGGACUUUGGACUCGUCGCCCAGGUGCCUCGUGAGGAUCGGGAGCUCAUCAUCUCCGCUGUGGUGCACCUGGGAACGCAGAACUGGGAGGCUCUGAUCGCCGACUUCCAGCAGCUCCGGUUUCUGGCUGAAGAUGUGGACCAGGCGGCCUUGGUGCCGAUCCUCCAGCGUGUUCUGGGGCCCUACUUGAAAGGCGGCGGCGCGCAGGCGUUCAAGAAUGCCAACUUCCAGGCGUUGACACAGGACCUCUUGAAGGUGAACCUCGAGGUGAAGUUCUCCAUCCCACCCUACGUGUCGCUGCUGGCGCGCUCCGUGGCGACCCUGGAGGGCGUCGCUCUGCAGGGGGAUCCCCAGUACCAGAUCGUCGCGAUGGCCUACCCCUUCGUGGUGCGCCGGCUUCUGCAGAACUCCAACCGCCGCUCCUUCGCCGCUCUUCGC